GGUCCACUAAGAAAACAGUGCAGGAGAAGCCAGAGAUGGAAAGCCCUGCUGCUGUAGGAAAUUUGAUGACUUCAACUAGCUCUGUAAAUGAAGUUUCAAAUGAUAUUGGUAAUGUGAAAUGCAAUUUAGUUACAUCUUCUGUUGGAAAUGGUAUACAUGAUCCUUCAACUGUGGUUGAUGAUAUUAAGAAGCCAAAAGAGAAUGUUGUUUUGCUUCAACAUUCAGAUGAUAAUAAUUCUCAAGCAGAGAAUCAGCCUUUAUCAAAUUAUUUGGGAGUGGAUUCUGACGUUGAUUCAAAUGAAUCUAAAAGUGAUGGGUCCCCAUGCUCACUGUUAUCUAGCUUGGAAAAUUCAAAUGGUUGGUUCUGGAUGCCAUUUUCUGAAAUCAGGAAGAUAUAUAUGAAGGAUCUUCAGAGAGGUUUUGUACCAAAGUUUGAAUGCUUCGGUAACUAUCAAGAGCACAUACCAACAUGCUAUCAGCUGAUCGAUGAGGAAGGUUCAAGGCUUCAUAUCCCCAUGGGAGAUGAUUCUAUUGUGUCAGAUUUUGAUGGUGAACUCUCAAGUAUAAUUGCUUGUGCACUAUCCUUGCUAAAAGAUGUGUCGAAUGAGGAUAGUGGGAAAGAAAAAACAACUGAAAGUGCACAUGGCCUAAUUCGCAUUCCGACCAUAACUGCAACACAUUGGCCUUUAAGUCAUUCCUCAGAUUCAGAUUCAGUUCACUCUACACAAAGCUCUUCUUUGGAAGAGUCACGCUUCUCCAGUUUUGAUGGAUUAAACUUGUUGGAUUCUCUGGUUCCUCCAGAAGCAUUUAAUCAGGAAGUUUCUCUUGGGCCUACAAAAUCACUUGGAAAGGGUAAAUACUCAAUAAUAUGUCUAUAUGCCAAUCAGUUCCGUGAUCUACGGAACCUUUGCUGCCCUUCAGAGCUCGAUUACAUUGCUUCCCUUAGCCGCUGUAAAAAAUGGGAUGCCAAAGGAGGAAAGAGCAAGUCUUUUUUUGCUAAAACACUUGAUGACAGGUUUAUCAUAAAGGAAAUUAAGAAGACAGAGUAUGAUUCAUUUCAAAUGUUUGCUCCGCAUUAUUUCAAGUACAUGCAUCAAUCAUUUGGGUCUGGAAAGGGAACUUGCCUUGCUAAAGUUCUUGGGAUUUAUCAGGGCAGAAGAAAGGAAUUUCCUUUUGGAUGCGUUAAUAAAAAAUCGUUGUUAUUGAGGCAUUUCGUCGAACAUUUUUGGAUCAUGGCGGACAUGUCGAGUUCAGACAGCCAAGAGUAUCCCUGCGAAAGCUACGAUCCCAACAAUGAUUACUUCUACCUGAAAGACAUCGACGAAACUGACGAAUCCAAUUACGUUUACAUCAUCAACGCCGUCCUAAGCGGCACCGCCCGACUCAACGUUCUCUUACCAACCGCAACAAUCUUAGCCUUCACCAUAUUCGCUCCUCUGCUCACCAACGACGGCCACUGCACCCGCCUAAGCAGGUGGCUGAUGGGUUCCACGACCGUCCUCCUAGCAGCUUCCUGUAUAUUCUUUACCGUCAUCGACAGUUUCCGAACAGCCACGGGUAGGCUAUACUACGGAGUGGCGACGUACAGGGGCAUAUGGACUUUCAAUGGCGGAAGGAAGAGGCCACGUUUACCGGCAGAGUACCGGCUGAGAUGGAGUGAUCUGUUCUACGCGUCGCUUUCGUUAGUGACGUUUCUGGCGUUUGCUGGGUCUCACAGUGAUGUAGUGGCCUGCUAUUAUCCGGCGAUGCCGAGGAAGGUGAUCAAUGUGGUUCCUCUAGUAAUUGGGUUCGUAGUGAGCGUUCUGUUUGUGGUGUUUCCGUCCAGAAGAAGGGGCAUUGGCUACCCGUUCUUGUUGCAGAGAGAUGCUUACCACUCUAGAGUUUGACACACCAUUUUUGUCUUUGUAUCUUUUUUGUUUUUUUUUUUGUUUUUUGUUUUUUUUUUAUUAUUAAAAAAAGGACAAUUGUUGGCUUUCAAUUCAAGUUUAAUUUACAACACGGCAUGGAAGAUCUCGGCAGCAUCGACGAAUAACAGAAUCUUGAUCCCACACCCACUCAGUUGCUUAUAUAAACAGGGGUCAAUACAGUCGGGGAAAGUCU